UUUAGUUGGCCCUUUCUAUCCCCAGUGGAAGAUCACCUUUGUGACCAAAACAAAUCAAGAUGGCGAUGGGUGAAUUUGUCCUCCUAGGCGAAAGCUUAUGCAGAUUACGACGCAUAGCUGUAGCAGUGACACUCGUGGGCCUGCUGGCCUGUAGGGGUGCAGUUGCCCAGAGUGUGACCUACACCUUCACCCAGUUCCCGUACAAGGAAACAGUCAGUAAUGAAAAGGUUUGGUCUGAGUAUGAGGUAGCAUGUGCCCAGUCUCCACGGUGCCUUGAACUGCGUGGAGUGCACCACACACGCUGCGUCCGCCAAUGUGUGUCACCUUCAUGCUACCUUGACAUCUACACUCAUGAUGAACUUGAAGAAGGAGAGAUUGAUGUGCGUCUGUCUUCCUUCAAGGGUUGUUUCCUUCAACGAAUGUCUCGAAAGAGACACCCCUGAGGCAACCCAAAUCCCACCCUCAACCACCCAAGGUCCACCACCACCAAGGUGCCACUCACACCUGACCCACUGACACAACUGUGGACCCGCUGGCUCAUCAGGGACCUGGAGGAGGUGGCACUUAUGGUAUAUCCAUGGCCCAGGAUGCCUGUAACCAGAUUUUGAAUGGAAUAAUUAUGUAAUUGUUUGAAAAUGCAAAGUUCAACCUCCUUUAAUUGCUGUGUCACUUAUUUUUCAGUGUUGUUAUUGAGUGGAUUUUACAAAUAAUCCCAAGUUUGUAAUUGGAUAUGUUUCUGGGUGUGGGUUUUAAACAAUUUGUAGGUAGUGGAGAGCACAAGUACUGAGUUUAAAAGUUUGAAGAGUAGAUAUAUUUGUCUGUCAAGAUCAUAUGGGAAGAUGCCAAGCUGUCCUGUUGUACUGAUGUUUUGCUAAGUUGACUUUGAUAGUGCAUCUAAAAGGACAACCUACCUGUUAGAGUAUGGGUUCACCAGUAAAAGGCAGGCACUGCCUGGGGAUCAAACCCAGAACCUUCCUCUUGCCAGGCAGAUGUGCUAACCAUUGCACCACAGUCACCUGGUGACAACUCUCACCAUCCAUAUCUGUACCGCUUUUCCUGGGAAGAUUGCGUAACCAUGUAGAUCCUGGUGCACGACUGUGCUCACUUCUGUGGGGCACAAGUCAUGAUCUGUGUCAGCAGUGUUCCCAGUUGCCACCACAGAGUGAGAUUCCUGUGAUUCUGUGUCCCUUUUUGCACUCUCAAACAUGAGACACGUUGUACAGCAUGUCUUUUUGUAAGUACCUCUCCCAGUGCUGGUACAAGUCUUUCUUGAGGUCACAGUCACUUAGACCAGCAAUGACUUUUCUCACUGAUAUGUAUUCUGAGAUGUUAGCAUCACAGUGAGGUCACACAAAGUUUCAGUCGAUAACCUGCCUCUGCACCGUGUGAAAGUACCGGGAGAUAGUUUCACCUGGAGCUUGUUUGUGCUCAAAGAACCGGUCACAGAACACCUUGGUUGGUUCUCCUUAUCACUAGUUGAGUGGCUCUUCCAAGUUUAGGCUGAUCUGUUGUGUCUCGUUAAACUUCACUUCCAGUACACACUGCAGGUCUAAGGAGCAUGCACUGCAUGGCAUUGUUUCUCAACCACCUGCAUAGCUGUGCUCAUGUAGUAACAGACCUCCUUCAUGACCUGAACACCACUGUGGUGAGCCCAGGUGCGCACUUUGGAGAUGCAGCAGCUACCGGCACCUUGGCUGGCAUGUCUUGUUCCGCAGUGCCAGACAUGGCCUGCAGCAGCUGUACCAGUGUGUCACAAUCCAGCUGGGAUGAUGUCCGCUGAUGUGGCCAAGUUGACAGAGCACUGAGGAUGGCCUCUGGUUCCCAUAGAAAACUGGAGAUGCCAGAGAAGGGAGGAGAUGUGAGGGUUGUUGCCAGGAAGCAACUGUGAUGUAAUGGUUAGCACAUCCAUCUGGGAAGUGGAAGGUUCCAGGUUUGAUCUUCAGGCAGUGCCUGCCUUUUUCUGGUAAGCCACCUAUUCUAACACUACUCUGAUCAAUGAAGAAUAUUGUAGCAGAGCUGCAGUGUGGCUCUUGGCAGUGAGAAUAUUGCUCUCUGAACGUAUGAUUAAAUUUAUUGGUGUUUUACCAAGCAGGAAACCUUUGCUACACAACUGAUUAUCAUAAGUGGUAAGAGAUACCUUUGAACAAUUGUAAAAUUGUAAAAUUCAAACCAAGAUAUGUAUACUUUUUCAUCAGAUGGCACAAACAAAAAAUCAUUAGUCAUGAGAGAAAAAUUCAAACUAGUAGGAAGUAUGUAUAUGAAAGAAUCCAAUGAAUCUGACUUUUGUUCAUAUUUACCUUGUAAAUUUUAUGACGGACAGGUAAUAUAAAUUGUCAUACUUUUACGAAUUUCCUUCUCAACAAUUCAUACUUUCAGUCAACAUUUUGAACAAGCUGACUGUAUGAUGUAUUAAAAUAAUGCAUGUCAAGCAAAUACACAUUAUAGAUAGUAUCAUAGUCUCAAAAACUGAAAAAAUGCAGAUGUGUAUAAUAUAAUGUGUUUGCUUAGAAAUUAUAUUACCCAAUUGAAACUGUACAGUACAUAGAUUCCCCAACAAUGUGUAGAAAAAACUCAAAACCACUUUGAUGCAUUCAAAAUGUAUUUAAAGAUUUUCUAGCUUCUUAGUUGUUAUCUUGCAUGUGGGAGAGUGGUGCUACUUACAUAUUUGAAGAUUUCACAAUUUGUUUUAGUUAAUUACUUUACUAGUCUGCAUACAUUUUGCUUUUGAUAAUUUGUCUAUCUGUCUGAAGCCUUACACAACAUUCUUAAAUUCUUCCCACUUACCAUACCAACUUAAUUUUUUAUUUAUUUAUUUAUCUAUUUAUUUUUUAUUUUAUUUUUUCAGUCUUGUUUGUCUUUAUCUUUCAAAAAGUGUAGAAUCAACAUCUCAUUGUUAUAAUUAAAGCCAUUCCCUCAGGAGGAUGCACCAGCAAUACAGUCAGUGAUGUUGACGAUUACAACUCCUGCCAACAUGAGCAUCACAUUGCACAAACUGGCAGUGUGCCCCUUCUCAGUCUGAAAAAAAAUCUGCCAGGAGAAAAUAACUACAUGGCAACUUAGGUCAGUCCCUCACAUGUUUUUGAAAGCAUAGAGUAAUGGAUUUAGUGUUUGAUAUAUUGACAUGAGGCAGUUUUCUUUUGUGACAGCUCCUUGCUUCAGCUAACAAAGCAGUUGUGUUCAGAGUGUUUGUUCUAUUGAGGUGAUGUGUGAUGCCUGAAAAAUGAUACGGGCCAUGAUUGCAUAGUACGAGUGUUAGAGUUUCACUAGAAUGGUGAACCAAAUUGAAAAAAUAUGCUGCAUAACUAUUGGCAAUGAAAAGACGUGAGUGCAUUGCUGAAGAAAUGGAGUGAUAAGUGACACCAGGGUGUGCCUCACCACACACAUGGUGGUGGGCCGCCCCAAACUGUUUGACAACACUUUACAUGGUAUCGAGAGACCGUCAGCUUACAGUGACACAACUAAAAAACAAACAAUUUGGGGCAGGCCACCACCAUGUGUAUGGUAAGCACAUCCUGGCUUCCAAUGCAUUCAUGGUCUUUUCAUUGGCAGAAGCUAUCUGGCAUAUUUUUCAAAUUUUUUUCUUGUUUUCUCAAAGAUUAUGGUGCUUCUUCUGAAUGUUUCCUUCCCAUGUAAUUGAAUCUAGCGUGAUGAAAUGAUGUAUAACUUCAGACUUUAAGGAAGCAUUGCACACUUGUGGAUUGUCUUCUAAGACAGAAUAACUUAUUUGUUUUUUGGGUUUUGAAUGUGUUAUUAUGGUUGAUCACAUUUUCUAUUAAUCUCUUGUAUCACAAUCUGAUGCUUCCAGAAUUAACUUUUGAAAAGUAACUGUAUAGGAUGCAAACCAUCAAAUGUAUAUAAGUACAAUGUUUAAUUUUUGUUAUUGGAAAGAUUGGCAACACUUACAUAUCUGUUCUGAAGGAUCUGUGUGUGUGUGUGUGUGUGUGUGUGUGUGUGUGUGUGUGUGUGUGUGUGUGUGUGUGUGCCCACUCCAUUCAUAUUUGUCAUUUAUACAUAUACUUUUUUCCUCUUUUGCUAAUGUUUUCUUAAUUAUCAUUAUACUAAAGUUUAAGAAUACCUAAUCCUUUCCCAUUACUUUUAUUCUUUUUUGUUUACAAAAAUUGUAAACCUUUCAUACUUAAUAACAUUUAUGGUGAUGAUCCCCUUAGUGUGAAUUAAUUCAAGAAAGAGAGUUUUUGGAAAUGUGGUUAAAACACUUGUAUAUAUUCACAUAUCACUGAAAUCUCGGGAAUUCACACAUGCCAACAAUGCCUGUAGGCAUUAAGGAAUGGCUGCAGUCUAGUCAUAUUUAUCUAGCAAACUUAAAUGUAACACUAUCUUAACAAAGUUCUAUUGAACAUUCCCUUACCUUCUUCCUUAUGCUCACUUUAUGUAAUAUAACUACUGUGGCUUCACAUCUUAUGCUGUUAUGGGGUCAUUUUGCAGAGUUUUCUUCAGGCUUGCUAGCUCAGAAUGUAAUAGAAUCAUAAAAAAAGUAAAAUAUAGCCUUGAAAACUAGGCAAUCUAGUUAGCCUCAUCCUGCAACUAUUUAAGGAAACAAUGUGUUAACAAAUUUUGGUUCUGGCAUAAAGGAUUACUAGCUGAUCUCAAUCUAGUCUAGUGCUAGUCUCGAUCUCUUUAUUACUGUGAUCAUAAAGAAUGGUGAAUUAGUGAUUUAGUGGUUAAGUAUAACAGAUAGGCUUCAAGUCUUUGACUGAGAUUAUAUAGGUUAGAGAUGUAUUGGGUGUGUAAACUCAACAUCCACAAAUAUAUAUAUAUAUGUGGAUAUCAUGUGUAUUAUUUUGUGGAUGUGGAUAUCAGUUUUUAAGAAAACUCACUGGAGAUGUGAAUGUCAGACUAUGACAUCUUGUAGAUGUAGAUGUUUUUGGAAUGUUUGUUAUAUAUUAUAACUGAAUUUCCAAAUGUCAGCCACUUUUGUUGUAAGUACAGUACAGUACACUGUAUGAUUCUUAUUUCAUGUUGUUAUGACACAUCAGUCUUCUUUCAUAUAUUCAUAUAUGGUGAAGAUGCAGGUGUGGAUGUUUAUUAAAUUACAAAUGUGGAUGUCCCACAUAUGCAGAUACAGUUAUCCAGUACAGAAGAUUAAUGUAAGGAAUGUUGUACUCCUGUUGUGACUUGAAAGUUUUAUGGUUGUAAAGGUUUAAAGGUUGUUGAAAUAUGAAAUGUUUGUGGCAGCUGUGAAGGUAAAAGUAUAGGUAAUAAGAGGAAUACUUUACAUGUUUUAUGAAUUAUGUAUGUUCAUUAUACAUUACCCUCAGAACAAGAAUCAGUAUGAGAAGUGUUUGUUUAUUGUUAAUUUCUUUAUCAGAUUUUUUUCCACUAUCAUGUGAAGUAAGCAGUGAUGAAAAGAAAGAAAAAUAAAUACCCAGAGAUGCCACAGAGGAACUGGCCAUUCAUAUUGUGCAAAUACAUGCAACCACAAGGAUACAGACUAUGUACUCGUACAUUUAAACAAAUACUCAAAAUUUUGCAUCCCAGUAGAAGGAAGGAAUGUAUAAGAACUGCACAAACCUGUAGUUAUGUGUUGUUGACAUGACUAUCUCACUGCCAGUUUUGCACCACUCUAAGCAAUACAUUGUGUCUGUACCUUGUACUGUAUGCCAAUCUCUUAUAACACUACAAGACUUCUAGUAUGUGGAUAGAUUCUUGUGACCUUAAUGUUGUAAAGGUGGAAAGAUAUAGGAGUUGUAAAUAGUGUAGUAACAUUUGACGUUAUUUCACAAGUUUGAUAAAAAGUAAGUUGAGUUGUGAAUACUGAAAUUAUGAAUGGCUGGCAGUUAUUGUGAUUGUACUUCACAUUACAUGUACGUGUAUUCUUGCAGUGUACUGCGAACAGCUGCACUAGUACUGCAGCACGAAGCAGCUGCUUGUGCAAGAAUAAUAGUGCACAAAGUUUGUAAUACUCUGUAGCUAGAAGAAUGUUCAAGAGUUAUGGAUGAAUACAUGUGUUAUAUGUAUUUCUAUGAUAUUUUCAAUACAUUUUUGAUUCUGCAAGAUUUUAAUGGAUAUCAUACACAAUUUUUUGUAUUAUAUCAGUUGUUGUAAGCAUGCAGAUACACUGUUGAAUAAACAUACUGAAUAAU